AUGUCCACAACUUCCAGCCCUUCACCAGCAACGAUUCCAUUUCCUCUUGGCUCUUUUAUUGUACCACCUCCAAGAUCCUUAAUUGUGCCACCACCAAAUUCCUUAAAUAUACCUCCACCUAAUGUUAUGGACUGUCCACCGCCUAGCAAUUUUUCUCUAACCACAAGCAGUUUCGCUUCGGCUACUCCUUUAGUUUCAUGUACAUUUUCUUCACCGUCUCCAUCAAGCUCUAAUUCUACUACAGUAGCUUCAGCUACUGGUUUAGUUUCCAGAAAGCCGUUAACAAAUGGUGGUAACAGCAACAGUAUUGUUGAUCCAGCAAAAGUUAAUGGUGAUUUACGCCAUGAACCCAGAAAGCAGUUCGAAAAUUAUGGUGACACGUUGGAUAGCCGUGGAGAUCGCAGGUCAUUUGGUGGAUUUUGUGGAAGCGUUAGUCGUGCAUUAGCAUUGAUCGUGGACGUUUGCGGGAUCCACGUGGACGUAAUCGAGAUCGUGAACGCAAUGGUAAUCGAGGAUUACAACAACAACAGCUUCAUAAUAAUGGUGGUAGGCGUUAUUGUAGCGAUAAUCGUAAUCGGAGAUAAACGUGUUUUAUUUUCUUUUAUAUUUUGA